GCGGAGCCAUCUGGCUGAGUGGGCGGGGCCAGCCGAGCGAGUGUCCGACGCGCUCUGGUCCCGCUCGCUCGCCGCUUCACAGCCCAUGGUGCAGCCGCCGCGCGGGGUCCUCAGCGCCCGCCCGCCCGCCGGGAUGAGCCAGUGACCCCAGCGGGAGUUCGGGGAAAGGAGCUUGAUGGAAGCCAUGUCCCCGCAACAGGAUCACGUCGGGCAGGGGCGCUCGUCCUCUGUGAGCGGGGAGUCCAGAGCCUGCACAGCCUCCGAGAGCAAGAAGAAGAUGAAGAGCCUGGCUCAAAGACGUCAGUCUGCACCAUCUCUGGUCCUCAGCAAAGCACUUAACAAGUCCAGAACUAUCACCAGGGAAAGCUGCUUCUCCCCAAUCAGUCCGGAAGCAUGUCCCCUCGUGCAGUCCUUUAUCUGCCCCAACAGAGCCUUUGUACUUGAUGGUCAAGUGCAGUUGAAGACGGGCCUUCAGACCCAGGAACGGCACCUUUUCCUCUUCACAGACAUCCUUGUUGUUGCCAAGUCCAAGUCACCAUCUCAUUUCAAACUAAAGAGCCAAGUGCGUCUCUGUGAGAUGUGGACGGCAUCCUGCAUGGAAGAGGUCUAUGAGGGCAGCACUAACCCAGAAAGGUCCUUCGUUAUAGGCUGGCCAACCACCAACUGUGUUGCUAAUUUUAGUUCCCCAGAGCAGAAGGAAAAGUGGCUCUCUUCCUUGCAAAGUCGAAUCAAAGAAGAAAAAGAAAAAGACUAUCCCAAGAGCAUUCCGCUGAAGAUCAUUGCGAAGGAUGUUGGAAAUUGUGCAUAUUCGAAAACGCUCACUGUAACCAAUGCUGAUACGGUGAAUGAUGUGAUUCUUAUAGCCCUGCAGCAGCUGGGGAUUAAUGGCUCUGAAAAAGACUAUCAGCUGUGGGUGAAUUCGGGAAAAGAAGAUGCUCCUUACCCACUUAUAGGGCAUGAAUAUCCCUUUGGAAUUAAAAUGAGCCACAUUCGAGAUGCUGUGCCCCAGACACAGGAAUCGAAAGACUGUGCCUACCCUCUCGACCUUCAUGGGUCCUUCUUAAUGGAACAGCUGCCCCGAGAGCUGCAGUGCCAGUUUAUACUGAAGCCAAGUCGUCUGGCUUUGUGCGAGCAACUGAAUGAACUAAGCCAAAAGCCAUUUAAAAGGAAAAGAUCGAUCAUAAACUGGGCCUUUUGGCGUGGUCCAGGCACUCAGCUGGACAAUAUACCACUGUCUCCAACAUCUCCUGUUCCAGGGAAACUCUUUGGUCUGUCGCUGCCAGCCAUCUGUGAGAAUGACAAUCUGCCCAAACCUGUUUUGGACAUGCUUUCCUUCCUUUACAAAGAGGGGCCUUUUACCAGGGGUAUUUUCAGACGCUCAGCAAAUGCGAAAUCCUGCCGAGAGCUUAAGGAGAAGCUUAAUUUGGGAGCUGAAGUGCACCUAGCUUGUGAAUCCAUAUUUGUGACAGCCUCCGUGUUUAAGGAUUUUCUUCGGAACAUCCCAGGCAGCAUUUUUUCAUCCCAGCUCUGUGAUAAGUGGGUCUCUGUGAUGGAUGAAGGGAACCAUGAAGAGAAGAUAAAAGACAUCCAAAGGCUAAUUGAGCAACUCCCCAGAGCCAAUGUGGUUCUUUUACGUUACCUCUUUGGAGUAUUACACAGUAUAGAAAAGCAAUCUGAAGAUAACCAGAUGACUGCAUUUAAUCUAGCUGUGUGCAUCGCACCCAGCAUGCUGUGGCCUCCUGCUCCCUCUAGCCCUGAAACAGAAAGCGAAUUCACCAAAAAGGUUUCUAUUCUGGUACAGUUUCUAAUUGAAAAUUGCUGCAGGAUUUUUGGAGAGGAAAUUUCCACCCUCUUUGGGGACAUACUGAUACGAUGUGACAACAGAGAGGAUGGCUCAGAUUUCUCUUCCUUUCACCUGAAUGAUUCUUCUUAUGACAGUUUGGAAAAUGAGCUGAAUGAUGAUGUUGACUCUUCAUUUAGUGACUUGAUCAAAAAACGAGGUCAAGAUAACAGGAGCCGGGACUCAGUUUUGACUCUGAGUGAUUGUGACUUGGACCAGCCUGAGGUGGAAGAAAUUAAAAUUCAGCUGCCACCCAAAUCGAAACCAGUGCAAAUUUCUACUGGAUCACACCACGAGUCUGCAUUACAGGAUCACUCUGAGAAUGAGUCUCUUUGCUCUAGUACCUCUGGCUGCUCAUCAGUAAUGGUCCCGGAUGCUCUCAAAAGCUUGAGAAGACAGAGACGCUGCUCAGAGCCCACGAUUGGCCUUCUUGCCUCUAAGUUCAGCCACCUCAGUGGGGUUCAUGAGAAUGCCGUACGGAAAGCCAGCUGUGAUGCAGUGCUGUCGCAUGUAGAUGAAGACUGUCUCAAGCAGCUUCGUUCAUUACAGGUGGAAGGGCAAAAGCUUAUUAAUCAGAGUUUGGUUAUGGGGAUCGAUGUAGGUCAGAGUGGCACUGUGGGUCAAAAUGGUGAAAAGAAAGACUUGUCCAAUUGCCUCCUGCCCCCACCCAUGCUGAGAUUAAAUAUUUGCUCAAGAACUAGCUGUUCUAGUUUAUCUUCUCCCGGAACGUCCCCAUCUGGGUCCUCAAUGAGUUCCUUGGACAGUGCUUUCUCUCAGUUUUCAGACAAUUCAGUAUUUACUCCAACCGAGACCUCCUCUCCUUUGGACUGUGCUUUUAAUCCUCAAAAGAAACAUGGAGAGCUUUCUCCUGAGUUUAAUCCUUUCUCUGGAGUACACCUGGAUGCUGGCCUCAGUUCUUUUCCUAAUCAAGCCAGCAGCAGCAGCAGCUUCGUUUGUAUUAGAAAAGAGAGUCAAAAAAGCCCUGUAACUCUUCAUCCCAGCACAUGGCUAAAGAACGGAGCCUCCACGAUGAAAAAUUGGACUCUCCGAAAAAAGGAAAGAGUGUCCAAGCAAGAGGAGAAAAAGAAGAGUGUUGUUAAAAUAACUUUGGAACCACAAACGGAUUCUUCGGAUGCAUCAGAAGAUAACUUAUGUCAAGAACAACGGCAAGUUUUAAAAACACUUACGUCAACAGGAGGAAUUAAUGCUGCGGAAACGGUGCAAGAGGGCAACUUUUCUUCUUCCCGGGGGGGUGGGCAGCUAUGCAGCUCUCCACUUUGUGCAGGGGAAACCAAAGACAAGAGACUAAAGGCGUUGGGGCUUUUGGCUGAGCAAAGCAAGGAGGAGGAAGAGGAGGAGGAGGAGGCAAAUUCUCUAAUUGUUCAGUCACAUAAAAGACAGCUGUCCAACACUUUCACUCAGUGCACAAAUCCAAGGGCUGAGCAUGCUCCUGAGCCAGAGGAUGUUGUCAGUGCUGGACGUGAACUUUUCAUCAAGGACAGCUUAAGUAAGACUGUGAUUUCCACUGACUUAGGAGACCAGCAAGUGACAAAUUCCAAGAACAACAAAUCUUUGCCAAGCACUGAAUCAAAAAAUAUUGAUGAUGAGUCCAAAAGGGGCUUCUCUCGGUCUCCAAAAACCACAAAGGCAGUUGAUGACUGUUUGUUUAAACCUGAUGUUAAUAAAUGUGUUCAGAAAUCAGAGGAAGGGACCAAGGCCAUGGUCCAAAAUAAAAAGGAACGGCCAAACAAGCAUUGCAGUGAUCCCAAGUUUGAAGAGCUUGACCAAAGGUUUUUUGCCGAGGAGUCUUACGUUUAAAAUCACCACCUUUGGGACUAAUGUCGGAUCUGCUUAGGGUUUGAUAUUCCAAGAGACAAAUUUUCACUCUGGUGGGGCUACAGAACUCAUCCUGUCAUUAUGGGAAUUAUCAAAGUAAUUUCCCCACAUACUAAUAUUAUGAUUAACUAUCUUGCUAGAAUCUGGGAAGGUUCAGGAAAUUGUUAAGAGAAGCACUCAGAUCCAAGACACUAGCGAGUGCAGUAGUGUGUUUGAUAUAGAGUCCUCCUCUUGACCACUCAUGUUAAGCUUUGUAGAUGUAAGUCAGUGUCCUUUGUGGUUUUGAUGCAGUAUACAUGGUCAGCAUAGA